AUGUUACAAACGAGAACAUGCACUUCACUAAAAACCAGUUUACUCCUCACAAAAACGAUAAGUGCAAGAUCAAUAUCUAACUCGACAUCUACGAAAGAACCAGCUACUCCUACCCCAAGAAGAAGGACUAGAAUCACAGAAUUUAAAGAUGCACUCAACGUAGGACCAUCAUUCCAAGAUUUCCUAACUGGUAACGCAGUGAAUUUCAAACCUGAUCCAUUAGCAGAUGCAGAAUUUCAAAAAUUACCCAGUUGGUUAAAGGUCCCCAUUCCGAAGGGUACCAAUUUCACUAAAUUGACUAAUGAUGUUAAGAAGUUGAAAUUGAGUACUGUUUGUCAAGAAGCUAAAUGUCCUAAUAUUGGUGAAUGUUGGAGUGGUGGGACAUUUGGUAGGAAGAAGCAAAAUAAGGGGAAAAACGUGGAAGGUGAACAUUCUAAAGCUACAGCGACUAUUAUGUUGUUAGGUGAUACUUGUACUAGAGGCUGUAGAUUUUGUUCAGUGAAGACUGAUAGGAAUCCAGCACCACCAGAUCCUAUGGAACCGGAAAAUACAGCAGAAGCUAUUAAGAAAUGGGGGCUUGGAUAUGUGGUUUUGACUACUGUAGAUAGAGAUGAUUUAUUGGAUGGUGGAGCUCAUCAUUUAGCUGAGACCGUUAGGAAGAUUAAAGAGAAAGCUCCCAGUAUAUUUGUGGAAACAUUAUCGGGUGAUUUCCGUGGAGAUAUGGAAAUGGUUGAUGUUAUGGCUAAGAGUGGACUUGAUGUUUAUGCUCAUAAUAUGGAAACAGUUGAGGCUUUGACUCCAUAUGUCAGAGAUAGAAGAGCUACUUAUAGACAAUCAUUGGCUGUUUUGAAAAGAGCUAAAGAGACAGUUCCAACUUUAAUUACAAAGAGUUCUAUUAUGUUAGGAUUUGGAGAGACAGAUGAACAAGUAUUACAAACCUUGAAAGAUCUACGAGAAGUAGGUUGUGAUAUUGUCACAUUCGGUCAAUAUAUGAGACCAACAAAGAGGCACAUGAAAGUGGUUGAAUAUGUUCAUCCGCGUAAAUUUGAUUAUUGGAAGGAUGUUGCCAUGGGAUUAGGAUUCUUAUAUUGUGCAUCCGGUCCUCUCGUGAGAUCUUCUUAUAAAGCAGGAGAAAUAUUUAUUGAGAAUAUCUUGAAACAUCGAAAAAACUCACCUCCCCAAGGUAUAUAA